AUGAUUCAGAAAGACCGUAAUCUUAAGGUGUAUCUUCUCUACGAUUCAUGGGACAAUGUUGUGUCUUACGUACCUAUAUACCCGGACUAUUACGUUGUGAUGAGGUACAUUUUUAAACAAAAUUUCCAGCUGGUUGUUUAUGACUUGAAUGGUUGUGAGAUUCUUGUGCUGAAGCGUGUAUAUACGAUUGCUGCUGUAAACAUACCUAAGCCAGGUACUUUAAAUAUUGAAAUACAAGACACCGAUGAUGAAACCAAUCAUGAAAACGAUGAGGAUGAAUCUGAUCCAGAUUAUAAUGAAUCAAUGGAUGAUGAUUCUGUUGAUGUUUCUUCUAUCUUAACUAACUCUGAUAUCGAUGGAAUGUAUAAUGAGGAAGACGUUGAAGUUUCAGAUUGUGAAGAAGAUAAAAAGGGUGAUCCGGACUACAAUCCUAUUGAGUUUGAAUGGAAGUACGACAGGCGUUUUCGUCUAAGUGCUGAUCUUGCUGAAGCAUCAAGAAUUGACGUGACUAUGGAGAUGUAUGUACAGAACUUGGAUGGAGUGGAUACGUUGAUUUCAUUUCGUGGUGAGAAAAACGGUGGUGGUUUUCGAUAUGAGGCUUUGGAAUGGCGUACGAAAUUUACCAAACCAAAUGGUAUCAUUCCUCCUGCUAAGUGCACGUUUGUUUAUUGCCCAGUUCAAAAGAAAUUGAUUUUGAAGAAGGUUGUCAAAUAG